CCGCAGGUGACAGCAGCGGUGACGUCCCCACCGACGGCCAGCAUGGAGGGGACAGGACGGAUCCUGCCCCACGGCAGGGUGCUGCUGGUGCUGCUGGCGCUGAGUGCGGCGUGCGGCCAGGCGGCCGUACGCGUCAACCUGACGGAAGGUAGGUGGGAGGCCGACGCGUCCUCUGCCGCGUCCUCCACCGCUGCGUCCUCCACCGCCUCCAUCACAUCUCCGGCAUGUCCCCGCCGCAGUCCCAACAAUCCCCGCGGUGUCCUCCACCACGUCCUCCGCCACGUGCCCGUGGUGUCCUCCACCUCGUCCUCUACCACGUCCUCCACCCACCACAUCCCCAUGGUGUCCUCUACCAUGUCCUCCACGGUGUCCCUACAAUGUCCCCAGUAACCUCCGUGGUGUCCCCCACCAAGUCUUCAACCACGUCCUCCGGUGUGUCCUCCUCCACAUCCCCACCGCGUCCUCCACCAAAUCCCGACCGUGUUUUCCUUUGCGGUGUCCUCUGCCCUGUCCUCCACCCUGUCCUCCUCCAUAUCCCAACCAUGUCCUCCUCUACUGUGUCCUCCACCAUGUCCCCCACCACAUCCUCCACCAUGUCCUCCAGUACUUCCCUACCAUGUCCUCUUCUCCCAUGUCCUCCAGCACAUCCCCACUACGUCCUCCACCACAUCCUCCACUACAUCCCUACCAUGUCCUCCUCUACCACAUCCUCCACCAUGUCCUCCAGCACAUCCCUACCAUGUCCUCUUCCACCAUGUCCCCCACUACAUCUCCACCACGUCCUCCACCACAUCCUCCAGUACUUCCCUGCCAUGUCCUCCUCUACCCUGUCCUCCACCAUGUCCUCCAGCACAUCCCUACCAUGUCCUCCUCCACUGUGUCCUCCACCACAUCCCCCACUACAUCCCCACCAUGUCCUCUUCUACCACAUCCUCCACCAUGUCUUCCUCUACCACGUCCUCUACCACGUCCUCCAGUACUUCCCUACCGUGUCCUCCUCCACUGUGUCCUCCACCAUGUCCCCCACUACAUCCCCACCACAUCCUUAACCACAUGCUCCAGCACAUCCCUACCAUGUCCUCUUCAACCAUGUCCUCCAGCACAUCCUCACCACAUCCUCCUCUACCACGUCCCCCGCUACAUCCCCACCAUGUCCUCUUCUACCACAUCCUCCACCAUGUCUUCCUCUACCACGUCCUCUACCAUGUCCUCCACUACGUCCCCGCUGGAUCCUCUUCUACUGCGUCCUUCACUAUGUCCACCAGAACAUCCCUACCAUGUCCUCCUCCACUGUGUCCUCCACCAUGUCCACCACGUCCUCCAGCACAUCCUCACCACAUCCUCCUCUACCACGUCCCCCACUACAUCCCCACCACGUUCUCUUCUACCACAUCCUCCACCACGUGCUCCAGCACAUCCCUGCCAUGUCCUCCUCCACCAUGCCCCCCACUACAUCCCCACCGCGUCCUCCACCAUGUCCUCCAGCACGUCCCUACCGCAUCCUCCUCCGCCGCGUCCCCGCCGCCUCCUCGGCCGCGUCCUCCGUCUCGUCCCCGCCGCAGGCUGUGAAAUCAUCCACCCGCCGCGGGACGGGGGCAUCCGCUACCGGGGGCUGACCCCGGAGGAGGUCCAGAGCGUCCGCUUCCUCCCCUUCGACUAUGAGAUCGAGUACGUCUGCCGCCCCGACCGUGAGAUCGUGGGGCCCAAGGUGCGCAAAUGCCAGCGCAACGGCACCUGGACUGCCAUGGGACACCCCAGCCGCUGCUUGCGGACUUGCCCCAAAAUGCACCUGAGCCUGGAGAACGGGCAGGCGGUGGCGCGGGCGAUGGAGCGGGUGCCAGUGGAGGGGACGUGGACUGAGUACAGCUGCAACCCCGGGUUCCGCCUGCUGGGCAGCCCCCGCAGUAACUGCACCAAGCUGGGGCGGUGGAGCACCCCGAAACCCGUCUGUGAGCUUCGUCGCCCUCUCUCAGGCAAGAAGGCCGUGCACGUCGGGGCACUCUUCCCCAUGAGCGGGGGGUGGCCGGGGGGGCAAGCGUGCCUGCCCGCCGUCCGCAUGGCGCUGGAGGACGUCAACAGCCGGAGGGACAUCCUGCCCGACUACGAGCUGCGCCUCAUCCACCAUGACAGCAAGUGUGACCCAGGCCAGGCCACCAAGUACCUCUAUGAGCUGCUCUACAACGACCCCAUCAAGAUCAUCCUCAUGCCCGGCUGCAGCAGCGUCUCCACGCUUGUGGCCGAAGCCGCCCGCAUGUGGAACCUGAUUGUGCUCUCCUACGGCUCAAGCUCCCCUGCCCUCUCCAACCGCCAGCGCUUCCCCACUUUCUUCCGCACCCACCCCUCGGCCACUCUGCACAACCCCACGCGUGUCCAGCUCUUCAAGAAGUGGGGCUGGACCAAGAUCGCCACCAUCCAGCAGACCACGGAGGUCUUCACCUCGACCCUUGAUGACCUGGACCAGCGGGUGAAGGAAGCCGGCCUGGAGAUCACCUUCCGCCAGAGCUUCUUCUCUGACCCUGCCGCACCUGUGCGCAACCUCAAGCGCCAGGACGCCCGUAUCAUUGUGGGGCUCUUCUACGAGACAGAGGCGCGUAAGGUCUUCUGCGAGGUCUACAAGGAGAAGCUGUAUGGCAAGAAGUACGUCUGGUUCCUCAUCGGCUGGUACGCCGACAACUGGUUCCGCAUCAAAGACCCGGCCAUCAACUGCACCGAGGCGGAGAUGGCCGAGGCCGUGGAGGGGCACGUCACCACCGAGAUCGUCAUGCUCAACCCUGAGAACACCCGCAGUAUCUCCAACAUGACGUCCCAGGAGUUCAUCGAGAAGCUGCAGAAGAGGCUGGGGAAGAACCCAGAGGAGACGGGCGGCUUCCAGGAGGCGCCGCUGGCCUAUGAUGCCAUCUGGGCGCUGGCCCUGGCCCUCAACAAGACCUCAGCAGAGCUGGUCAAGAAGGGGCUGCGCCUGGAGGACUUCAACUACAACAACAAGAACAUCACCGAUGAGAUCUACCGGGCCCUCAACUCCUCCGCUUUUGAGGGUGUCUCGGGCCACGUUGUCUUUGACGCCAGUGGGUCCCGCAUGGCCUGGACACUCAUCGAGCAGCUUCAAGGAGGUGUCUACAAGAAGAUCGGCUACUACGACAGCACCAAGGACAACCUCUCCUGGUACAACAACGACAAGUGGAUCGGAGGUGCCCCACCAGCUGACUACACCAAGGUCAUCACCACCUUUCGGUUCCUGUCCCAGAAGCUCUUCAUCUCUGUCUCAGUGCUGGCUUCGCUGGGCAUCCUCUUGGCCAUCAUCUGCUUGGCCUUCAACAUCUACAAUGGGCACGUCCGGUACAUCCAGAACUCCCAGCCCUACCUGAACAACAUGACGGCCGUGGGCUGCACGCUGGCACUCGCUGCCGUCUUCCCCCUGGGGCUGGAUGGAUACCACAUCGGGCCAGGGCUCUUCCCCUUUGUCUGCCAGGCCCGGCUGUGGCUGCUCGGGCUGGGGUUCAGCCUGGCUUACGGCAGCAUGUUCACCAAGAUCUGGUGGGUCCACACCGUCUUCACCAAGAAGGAGGAGAAGAAAGAGAAGCGGAAGACCCUGGAGCCGUGGAAGCUGUAUGCCACCGUGGGGCUGCUGGUGGGGCUGGACGUGGUGACGCUGAUCAUCUGGCAGAUCGUGGACCCCCUGCACCGCACCAUUGAGGAGUUCACCAAAGAGGAGCCCAAGACGGACACGGACGUCUCCAUCCUGCCCCAGCUGGAGCACUGCAGCUCCACCAAGAUGAACACGUGGCUCGGGAUAUUUUAUGGCUUCAAGGGGCUGCUCCUGCUGCUGGGCAUCUUCCUGGCGUACGAGACCAAGAGCGUGUCCACCGAGAAGAUCAACGACCACCGUGCCGUGGGCAUGGCCAUCUACAACGUGGCGGUCCUCUGCCUCAUCACCGCGCCCGUCACCAUGAUCCUCAGCAGCCAGCAGGACGCGGCCUUCGCCUUCGCCUCGUUGGCCGUCGUCUUCUCCUCCUACAUCACCUUGGUCGUCCUCUUUGUGCCCAAGAUGCGGCGCCUCAUCACCCGGGGCGAGUGGCAGUCGGAGCAGCAGGACACGAUGAAGACGGGCUCAUCCACCAACAACAACGAGGAAGAGAAGUCCCGGCUGCUGGAGAAGGAGAACCGGGAGCUGGAGAAGAUCAUCGCCGAGAAGGAGGAGCGGGUGUCGGAGCUCCGCCAGCAGCUCCAGGACCGCCAGCAGCUCCGCUCGCGCCGCCGCCCUCCAACCCCUCCCGGGAGGCCGAUAACCAUUUUGCCCCGGGGUUGGGGGCCGCCCCGACCCCCCGACAAAUUGGGACGGGGCAACUGUGACGGCAGCCGGGUCCACCUCCUCUACAAGUGACCCCUUCGGGGGGGGGAUGCGAGGCGAAGAGCUGGGAUUUGGGGCUAAGAAGGGUGGGUCCAAAGAGGGCGGGGCUAAGCAGGGUGGGGCUGUGGGGGGCGGAGCCU